AGUAUAAAAAAUGGGAGAACUUCAUCAUUUUUAUUGGCAUAGAAACCAUAAAUCUAAAUAUAAAACAUUGCACCAAAGUUAUAUUAUGAUAUACAUCACGUAUUGUAUAUUUGAUGUGAAUAGUUAAUUCUGGCAUAUACAUGUUAUGAGUAAAUGUAAAAGUAAAUCCCAUGUAAGCCAACUAUCAAUGUUGAGGUUAAAUUGAAGGGUAAUUGAACAAUAUGUCUACAUAGACCAUUAGUCUAUCGAGGCACAUAAGACUAAUAUGUGUCAGAAUAUGAUAUGAAUACCUCCUAAAACUUUUUAACUAACCCUAGCUAAGUCAAACCAGUUAUUUAACGCUAAGAAAAUCGAAGAAGGUAUCAACGCAUGCGCAGAAUGCCACCGGCCUGAAAGUGCUGGUUUAAAUCCGCGGUUCUGCUGACGCAUGCGCAGAAUGCCACUGGCUUGAAACUGCUGGCGUGAAUCUGCUGCCGUAUAUCCGUGGCUCUGCGGCUCUGCAGACAGAUACUAUUGAGGGACUUUGAACUCUGAAGUGCAGUGUUAUACAGCAGUUUAGUUUAGUUCUCCAGCACAGAGACUGGAGCAGUAUUAGCAUUAGCCGCUAAGUGCUAGCUCUUUUGCUGUUCAGAGAUGGAGUACACAGUCACAGUAGCUACAGGCACCACAGAGUACUCAGGCACUAAUAACUAUGUGUACGUGACUCUGGUGGGCGAGAAAGGAGAGAGUGAGAAAACGCUUCUGGACAACCCCGGCCUGGACCUCUGCAGAGGCGCGGUUGAUGACUACACAGUGCGGAGCUCGGCCCCCCUGGGCCGUGUGUUGCUGGUGCGCUUGGAGAAGCAGAGGUACUGGGUGGAGGAUAACUGGUUCUGCCGCUAUGUGUUGGUCACUCCUAAAGAAGGGGGGAGCACCCAGACCUUCCCCUGUUACUGCUGGCUGGUGGGGGACAUGAAAGUGGAGGUGCGAGAAGGAACAGCUAAGAAGCUAAGUGAUGAUGUACUGCCCAAGGAACUGGCUCACAGAAAGGCAGAGCUAAAACAGAGACAGGAGACGUACAGAUGGAUAGCGUGGGCUCCAGGCAUUCCCAAAUGUAUCGAUGCUAAAACAGAGGCGGAACUACCCCAGGAUGAUCGAUUUGCCAAUGAGAAGCGGAGCGACUUCGAGGGAUCACUUCAUUAUGCGCUUUUGGAGCUCUCUCUGAAGAAGUUGGCCAUCAGGUUUGGGAAAUCCUGGAAUGAUCUGGAUGAUUUUAAGCGCAUAUUUUGGAAACUGAGGAGUCCUAUUGCUGAAUAUGCUAUGGAACACUGGAAGGAGGACUGGUUUUUCGGCUAUCAGUUCAUGAAUGGCUCCAACCCAAGAAUGAUCCAGAAAGUCACAAAGCUUCCCACUAACUUCCCGGUCUCUGGAGAUAUGGUGCAAGCAUUUUUAAGCCCCAACACCACUCUGGACAAAGAGCUCAAGGCUGGAAAUGUGUAUCUGGUUGACCAUGGCAUAGUAGAUGGUAUACCAGCAAAUGUGAUCAGAAACAUGCAGCAGUACAUAGCAGCUCCUAUGUGCUUACUCUACGAGCAUCCAGAGAGCGGCCUCAUUCCUAUUGCCAUACAGUUGGAGCAGAACCCAGGAAAGGACACACCCAUAUUCCUCCCUAACGACCCACCCCUAGCCUGGCUAUUGGCUAAAAUGUGGGUCCGACACGCUGAGUUUCAAGUGUUCCAGCUGCUGUCCCACCUGCUUCGCACUCACCUGGUAGUGGAAGUGAUCUGUGUGUCCACACUGCGGCACCUGCCUGCAGUCCACCCUAUAUAUAAGCUGCUCACUCCUCACCUGAAGUACACGCUGGAAAUAAACUGUCGUGGGCGCACACAACUCAUCUCUCCAGAAGGCAUCUUCAAAAGGGUGGUGUCCACAGGUGGAACUGGGUUGCUGGUGCUUGCUCAGAGGGAGUAUAAAAUCUUGACCUACCGCUCUCUCCAGCCCACCUAUGACUUCUUGGACCGAGGUGUUACUAAACUCAAAAAAUACUUUUACAGAGACUACUCUCUUAUGCUCUGGGAUGCCAUUCACAAGUAUGUCUCCAGCAUGGUGUCUCUGUACUACAGCAGUGAUAGUGAAGUACAGCAGGAUUCUGAACUGCAAGCGUGGAUUAAGGACAUAGUCGAUGAAGGCUUUGUAGACGUGCCUGAGUUUGGACUGCCCAAUGAACUGAAGGGAAAAGAAGAGUUUGUCACUCUACUGAGUGUUGUCAUCUUCAUCAGCACUGCACAACAUGCAGCAACCAAUAAUGGACAGUUUGAUUGGUGUGCAUGGGUACCCAACACACCUUGCACCAUGCGCCAGCCUCCACCCAACGACAAGGAUGCUGUCACUAUGGGACUGAUAAUGGACACACUGCCGGACAUCAGCCAGUCAUGUGUGCAGAUGGCGAUCACAUGGCAUUUAGGAAGGGCUCAACCAGAUGCGAUCCCCAUGGGACAGUAUGCUGAGCAGUUCUUCACUGAGCCAGAGGCUUUACAGGCAAUUGAAAGCUUCAGACAGGAUUUGAAGGACAUUGAUGAGCAGAUUGUUAAGCAGAAUGAAGGCCUAGAGCUCCAGUAUCUCUAUCUGUGUCCCAGUCGAAUAGAGAACAGCAUUACUAUAUAGAGAGACCUGUGUAUCUCGGUGGGAAAGUUUUCAGAAGACGAAAAACACACUCAUAAUUUUUCAAUUCAUGUAGCAAAUAACUUUGAACCAUUUCUACUGCUCCACUUAUCAUGAAACUUACAGAAAACAAAGGAUAGCUGUGUUUUCUAAUAUUUUAAAUUUUGUUUUGACAGUGACUAUGUUGUGAUUUGCUCCUUUGGUAUGGAAAAAAGUAGCAUAGUCUCUGUUCACAAUACUAGGUGGAAAUGAUGUGUAAAAUUCAGAUUUGAGUCACUUUCAUGUAUGGUUCCAUAUGUUUCCCUGCCAGUUGCCGGUUGUUUCUGUUUAUGAAUAGCUAAUAGUUUUUUUCUUCACAAUGUAGAGCACAGCAUUGUUUAAGAGCACUCCUAGAAUCGCCCCUGACGCCACCCACAGUGCUGAAACAAUGUAUUUGCAUCUUUCCAAAUUAUCGCUCUAAAAUACAUAUACGAUGCAUGACAAAUGAACCUCUGAAUUCUUCUGUUUUUUUCUGUUGAAUGGACAGAUCAGUUCAAAACGUAGCAAAUCUAUUUAUGUCAAGUGUAUUACUAAUAUUGCAAAUCACAGCUGGAACAUUCAAACUUUUAAACAUGGUGGUGGUAGUGGGAGGUCGUGAGGAUGAUUUGAUGCCUUAAGUGAUUGAUACAGUUUUCUUUGUUUAUUCAUUUCUUUUGCUUAAACCUUAAACAUUUCGAAGUAUGUCAGUGUGACCUGUGUGUGAAUUUUGCAAUGAUAGCGAAAAUAAACUAGAAACUCGCAGCAUUGUAAAUACAGAUCCGCUUCAAAUGACAUUAAAGAAAACAGAUCCAGACUUUAACAUAAAUGUUUUCUGGCUUUCAUUCCAAAACUGACAUUUUUUAGAAUGGGUGUGGUAAGCUGUAUGUUUUUGUUAACGUACAUAUUUACAGUUUUAUGAUUUGUUAAUCUUACACAUUCAGACGAACAAUAGAAAUGGUGUAAAAUGUAUUUUAUUACAGAUGCUGGGAGUUGUGAGCAGAAAUGUGUUUUUUUUUUUAAAUAAUCUGUAUUACUGUAAUAUCUUGCAACACAUUGUAUGUCCAAAUAAUUCUGAACAUCCUAACUAAUGAAUACAUUCAUACACAUUCAGUAGCAUCAAUCAACUCCCUGUAGAGACGCACUGCCAAUAAAAUAUGUCUCUCUUCCUUUGACAAUAAACACAGGAACUCCAGAAACCUUUAAUUUCCCAUGAUCUUUUAAUUAUCUUGAUUUUGAAUGAGUAGACUUCACAAUAUCUUUGUCCAUGUGGUGUAUAAACACCAAGACACAUACUGUAAAAAUUUUAUAUGUGUGGAAUUAAAAUCACAUGGAAGUUUGUUUCUACAUGUCUGUAUUUAAUUGUUAAUGAAAUAAAAAGAAAAUACGAUAA